CAUAACUGCUUCUUUCUCGUGUCCCUGCAUUCUGCCGUCAUUCGCGAUACAUACGUACGGAGUCCACCGUCUCUGUUCUGUCUGCAAAAAAAUGGCUUUACCCAGAGUUUACUUCGACAUCGUCGCUGGAGAUCAGCCCCUUGGUCGAAUUGUGAUGGAGCUCCGUAGUGACGUGGUUCCCAAGACUGCUGAGAACUUCAGGGCCCUUUGUACUGGUGAGAAGGGCUUUGGCUACAAGGGCUGCAGCUUCCACCGUAUCAUCCCUGGUUUCAUGUGCCAGGGUGGCGACUUCACCAACCACAACGGAACUGGUGGAAAGUCCAUUUAUGGCAACAAGUUUGCAGAUGAGAACUUUACACUGAAGCACACUAAAGAAGGUGUCCUUUCAAUGGCCAACGCUGGACCAAACACCAACGGGUCCCAGUUCUUCAUCUGCACAGCAAAAACUGGAUGGCUUGAUGGGAAACACGUAGUGUUUGGCACCGUGAUCGAGGGCGAUAACGUGGUGAAGAAGAUGGAGGGAUUGGGUUCCCAGAGUGGCAAAACCAACAGGAAAGUCUAUAUUGCCGACUGCGGGCAGCUCUGAGCACUUCACCCUUUUUCCCCUUGUCCUGUGGUCACACCCGUGAUGGGGCCCCAUCACCAAUUUAACAUUCCUAUAGAUGGAGAUUGACCUGACACCACACCUUGUUCUGUUUUGAUGUUGAAAUUAUGUUGCUGCAUUCGUGACUUUGCCUCUUGAAGUUUCUUUUGCAUUGACGUUUUUUCCACCAAGUCUUGACGGUUGCUUUUUUUUUUUUUUUUUCUUUAAAAGUCAAAUGACAGACAAUAAAACAGAUGCCUUGA